AUGGAAUGUUCAACAAUUCACUCUCUUAACGCCUUCGCGAACCUCGUGUUCCUUCGUAUCACUGAUGACGACUUCUACAAGUCGUAUGAAGACCCCCCUUUCCCGGAUUCCUUGUAUACCUUGCCGCGACUAUCACUUCCGCGGCUGGAGGACAUGCGCAUAGUGUGUACAGCUAUCAACUCUGAUGACAUACACCCGGACGGCUAUCUACCUUUUUUCGUCGGCGCAAAGGCCGAGUUACCGGCUCUUCGCCGCCUUCACCUAUAUGAGGCGUGCAUCAGCGAUUAUUCAGACGGGAUAAUGGGGCAAUUUUUAGAAGCACAUGGGAGGGGUCUCCGGGAGUUGCAUCUCACCACAUUCUUCAUGGAGGAACUCGACCGCAUCCAUGAACUGGCUCCGAACUUGACGACGCUCGUUUGCAAUCACUCACCGCACGAAUUCGCUGACGUAUACCAAGGAGGCCUCGAACAUCCGCUCAUAGAAUACCUGUCGUUCUCUGGGCUCUGCGAUUUCACCGAAACUAUUCAACACAUCGAUCCAGCGAAACUACCCAAGCUGAGGGAAGUGCGAUACAUGGACGCUCGCUGGGAUAUCGAUUACACCAGCCACCGAGAAAACCAUGUGAACGAGGCGGGGAAGAUAUUGGAGGACAUCGAGAUGGCCCUCUCGCUCGCAGAGAAGGGUAUACCAUGUUCGGAUGCAAACGGAAAGCCGUUUGGCGGACUGCUUUCGAUGGCACGACAACGUCGAGGAAAGGAAGACAUCAGCAACAAUGACAUAGCAGCAAUUCAAGGAUAA